UGAAUACAAUUCAAGCGUAUAAUAUAAGUCUACCUCUGACCAGACCCGGAGCAAACCUGUUUCACGUUGCGCACUCGUCGCCGGACCGCCGUCGGCUGCAGAGGUUAGAAUAAUAACAUUAUUGCCCUGUAGCGCGCUGCCCUGCUGCAGUUCGUGUCCGUGACCAGAGGCGCAUCGAGCACGUCCUGCGGCUGCGUUAACAUAAUAUUAUUAUUUUCGGCGAUUUUCGUACCACCAUCUUCGGGAAACCACUUCGGUCACUUCGAAUUAUUUAUUGUCUCGCACACAAUGGUGGACAUCGACAAUGUGCUGGUGUCGGUGGGCAUGGGCCGGUACCAGUUUGUGGGCUGCAUGCUGUUCGGCCUAAUGAUUAUGUAUUCGAACGUGUCGCCGGUCACCUACGUCUUCACCGCCAGCGAUUUGAAAUACAGGUGUGAAAUACCGGAAUGUGACGUGACGAACCCGGAAGGACGUAUCUACGAGCCUGAAUGGUUGCGGUUCACGAUGCCUUACAGAAACGACACGGAUCAGCCUCGCAAGUGUUUGCGGUAUGCUGCGUUGUCUGGUCCGUUGAUAAACGGUACGCGGUGCUCGUCCGGUGGAUUCAACGAAAGCUUGACUGAGUGGUGCCGUGACAGUUGGGUGUUCGAAGACUUCGAAAACACCAUCGGCACAGAGUUUGGACUCAUGUGUGAGGAUAACAAAUGGAAGCUGUCAAUGGUAGGAACGAUCAACAAUUUCGGUCAAUUUAUCGGAAUACCAGUGUCAGGGAUCAUUGCUGACAGAUACGGCCGAAAGUUCACUAUGGUGUUUUGUGCAGCUACAUCAGCCGCAUUAUGUAUAAUCCAGUCAUUUUCAAACAGUUAUUCGAUGUUCUUGGUUUUAGAAUUUGUGUCUUCGAUCGUGUCCAGUGGGAUUUACACGGUUACUUUUAUAUUAGCAAUGGAGCUGUUUUUGCCACACCAGCGUGUACUCUAUUAUUCGAUUCUAGAAUGUUUCCUCCCGGUUGGCUCUAUUUUAGUGGCUUAUAUCGCCAGCAUAGUGCAAGACUGGAGGAUUUUGUUGCGGCUAGUCAACAUCCCGGGAUUGCUGUUCUUGUCAUACUUUUGGCUAACAGAAGAAUCGAUGAGGUGGUUGGAAAGUCAAGGUAAACACGACAAAGUGAUCAACGCGCUCAAGAAAAUAGCGGCUGUCAAUAAAAAGCCUUUUCCCGACCUGCCUACAAACACCCAAGUACAGAGCUUGGAAAGUUUGGACGAUAAAGACGCAAAUUUCAGCAGUAUUAUAAAAGACAUAAUCCGUUCUUCAACAAUAUUCUGGAGGAUGAUCAGGUGUUCGUACGUGUGGAUAGCGGUGACCCUGGUAUACUACGGUCUGACGAUUAGCUCGACGGACAUCGCCGGAGACAAAUAUCUGAACUUCUCGUUAGUGUUGUUAGUCGAGAUCCCGGCUUGUCUGUUGAACUGGCUGAUAAUGGAAGGCAUGUCGAGAAAAAUGUCACUCUGUUGCAUGUUUGUGUUCAGCGGCGUCACUUGCGUCAUGUACAACUUGAUGCCCAGUGAAUUCUUCUUGAUAAAGCUGUCGCUGUUCUUGGUCAGUAAACUCGCGAUAUCCAUCGCGUUUUGCAUAAUUUACAUGCUGACAGCGGAGAUAUUCCCCACCAGGAUGCGGGCUACCAUGAUGUCCAUGUGCUCCAUGCUCGGUCGGAUAGGGUCCAUGUUGUCGCCUCAGGCCACUCUCCUAACGGAGUACUUUGGCGUGUACGCGACAAUGCUCGUGUUCGGCAUGACCGCACUCGCAGCCGCGGCCAUCACCAUGACUUUGCCCGAAAGUAAAAACAUCAAAUUGCCCGACACCAUCGACGAAGCCAAAGAGAUCGGCACCGAUGUCAAACCGAAGAACAUCGGAAAAAACUCGCCGUAGCUGAGUUCCUAUCAUAUACUACUGUAAUAAUAAUACAUAUACGGCCGAUGUCGGCAUAAUGUUAUUAUUAUACGUUUAUAUAAUAUUAUAUACGCGCCCGAGAAAUUAUUACGCGCGGACUCCCAGUUAAUUUAUUGUGCGCGUCUACGAUCCCCCUCACGCGUUCGAAGAAGGGGUGAAUACUUCUGAUAACACCCUCGGUUGAUUUAAUUUUAAUGAAAACGACUUAGUAUAAUUUUGUGUACCUUUAUAUAUUAUGAUUAUGAGUUAAUCGCGCUGUCCAGUACGUUUAGCGGCUCUCUAAUAAUCUUUGCGACGGGACCUUUUUCGGUUUUCCUACAGACAGUUAUUAAAAAUCUAUAUUGUAAAUACCGCUCAUAUUAUAUAACUGUUUAAACCUGAUGUACAAAUUCCUAAUUGAAACGCAUAGAGCUAUAUACAGUUCGACUCAUUAUGCUCUUAAAAUGCUAAAUUAAUACUAUGAUAUACCGGAUACCUAUAGGUAUAUUCGUAUAUAUACGAAUUUGAAAGUAUGCAGAGUCAUGUUUAUUAGUGUCUUCAAAUAAACGAAAUAGUUUUAUAUGACCAAUGCUACUUCAAACAAUUAAACAAACUGUAAAUUCUACAUAAUAUUUAGUUUUAUAAUAUUUCAGUCCCCAUAUUUUUUAGUUACAAUGUGAAAAAAUUUACAACUUGUUUGUAGAUAUUUUAUAAGCCAUUACACCAUUAAGCCAACAAAAAUUAAAUUUUCUAUAUAAUAAACACGAUAAAGUUAUGUUCAUAACAAUUUUAAGAUUGUAGAUAUAAGACAUGAAUCUACCUACUAUCUAUACUCACCUAUAAUAAUAAUAAUUAGUUAUUAAUUAAAAAACAAUAGUAUUUUAUAAUACAUGUUUUAAUUAGCUCAAUAUUAUCCAAAUGCUAUCAAGUAAAUAUUAUGGUCAACUUUAUUGAUAAUAGAAAUGCAAGAAAUUCCAACAUAUUUUUUAUUUUAAAAUUUGACAAGAAGUGAUAUAAAAUUAUGUUUAAAUUUACAUGUCUUCAUAUUAUAUUUGAUUUGUAAAAUAUUGUUAUAAGUUGUAACAUGUUAACCAAUUUUUUUUUUUUUGUUAUAUAUUUAUUUUUAAUAUAUAUAAAUAACUAAUAAAAUAAGAAAAAAUUGAAAAUUAAA